UUUAAUCUGUGUCGCUCCGGCUUACCUCUGGAAAAAACAAAAAAAAACCUCCGUAACCUAUUGCUGGUUGAAACCCUUCACAUUUUCCCUCAAUUAAUUGAUCCUUCUGCAUCUAAUCUGGUGGUUGCUCAGCAGUAUCCUUCUGCAUCUAAUCUGGUGGUUGCUCAGCAGUGCAAUAUUCAGUCUCCUCGCCUCAUAGGAACGGGAAUUGUCUUUCUGCACAAAUGACUGAAGUUGCUGUUCCAGCGUCGUUGGCGUCGGUGGAGAAGAUGAAACUCUUCCUCUACCAACUAUCUGACUGUCCCAGUAAAGUCCAUGAGGAGGUAAAGAGUGCGAAGAGGUGUUUGGAGAUACUGCAAGCGUAUCUAGCCGACUCAAAAGAUAAUAAUGUAGAAGACAGCCAGAUGCUCAAAGAUUGUUCGGAUAUAGCUCAUGAUAUUGAGGACGCUCUUGAUGAGUUCAAUUCUGAAGUUGCACCACUGUUCCAUAGCAACAAAUUAUCUCACAAGAUUCAGCACGUGUCUCAUAUCCUCCAACUACGCAAAGCAAGCACUAAGUUGUCCUCGAAAAUUAACGAACAGAUUAAAUUGGUCAAAAGAUUACAUUUUAAAGACUCCAGCUUCGAGGGCGACCUUGACCCAAAAGCAAGUAUCUGGAAAGGCAGAACAGAAUUGGAUUUGACUCCAAAGAUUCAAGAAGAUGAAAUGGUGGGCUAUGAAGAAUCUAAAGCAAGACUCCACAAACAGUUGAUGGAAGAAGAUUCAAGACUUCUGACGAUUUCAAUUGUAGGUCCUGGAGGCUCCGGCAAAACCACUCUCGUGAAGAAUCUUUACAACAUGGUCCAAGGGGUUUUUGAUUCCCGUUAUUGGAUCGAUGUGUCACGUCCCCUAAAAAUGGAAGAUCUCUUGCUUGCCAUGUUAAACAAUUUUGAGGCCACAACGCUAGAUCUUCAUCAAGAACAAGAUCCAAGAUCGAAAUUGAGUCUACUGCUGCAGCACAAGAGGUUUCUGCUCGUCUUGGACAAUGUUUGGAGUAAACAAGAUUGGGAAUUCUUUGUAUGUUCUUUACCAAAAGGUUUGUGUGGGAGUAAGAUAAUCAUUAUUACUCGUAACUCUGACGUGGCUUCGUUUCCUGUAAAGUCCUCGGAGUAUAUCCAUGAUUUGAGUACUGGGUUGUCAUUCAAAGAAGCCCAUGACCUAUUCUGUAAGAAGGCUUUUCAAGAUGGGAUUUGUCCCCCCGAGCUCGAGGAGUGCAGUAGAAAAAUCCUGAACAAGUGUGAAGGCUCACCCUUUGCAAUUUCAACUGUCGGUACUGUGCUAGCAACAAAGCCACAAACGAAAAAUGAGUGGGAGGAGUUACAUGACACCCUCACAUCAAACUUUACAGCUGACCCAAAGCUUUGGUCCUUAGCCGUAUUUUUCAGCCUUGUUACAGAGAUCUUCAAAGCCAUCUCAAAAGUUGCUUCUUGUACCUCGGCAUAUUUCCUGAAGACUACUACAUCCGGCGAGGGAGGCUUUUUCGUUUGUGGGUUGCUGAAGGAUUUGUGGAGCCGACAGCAGGACUAA